AUGGAUGUCUGCCAUGUAUUGUUGGGACGACCGUGGCAAUACGAUGUAGACGCCACAUAUAAGUGUCGGGACAAUGUCUACCUCUUUUGGUGGCAUGGGAAGAAGAUUAUAUUAGUACCAACUGCGACUAAUAACACACCUCAAAGUCGUACCACGGCAAGCAAACCAUCUUUCCUCACCCUCGGGGAAACGAAGUUUAUGCAGGAAUUGAAAACUGCAGAGACAAUAAUAACGGUGGUAGUUAAAGGAGUCGAGUCGGAGUCAAAGGCAGAUAUUCGUCGAUUAAUUCGGCCGAUGCUGGAUGAGUAUGGGGAUCUCGUGCCAGCUGAAUUAUUGACCGAGUUACCUCCCAUAAGGGACAUUCAGCACCAGAUUGACUUAGUGCCGGGAGCGAGUCUUCCUAACCUCCCCCACUAUCGGAUGAGUCCCGAAGAGCAUUAG